UGGGUGAGGGGGCACAUACGGUGGGUCAAGCACUACGCCCCAUGGCCCAGGAACUACGGCUGGUGACCUUCGCUCUGGCUCUGGCUGACUCCCAUGCUGAGGUCGACCUUGAUGCCCCAGCUUACCUCCUCGAUGGGGAUACCAUACUCCUUCAAGAUGCCAUCGACUCCUUUGACCCUAGCAUUGAGUUGGAGCCGAGGUUGCGGAUGGCGGUGGUGGUUGCGGCAACAGAACGGACGCUGGCGAGGCGGCUGCAAUGCGUGGAGGAGGUGUACGGGCAACACCUGCGACGCCUCACCUCCGUCACCCAUUACCAGUACGAGCUCCUCUUCGGCGGCGUCGCUCCUAUACUGACGCAGUCCCAGGACCUGCUUACUAGGUUGGAGGGGACCAUAGCCACCUGGGACCCGGAUGAGUCUUGUCUCGGUCCGUUGUUCGUAGCUGAACUGUGGGAACAAUAUGAAGAGUACUUGGACCAGUACCAGGAGGCAGCCAGAGUCCUCCGGGAGAAGCACAACAACGAUGAGGAGUUCGUGGCCCUGUGUAAACUGAGGCGAGGCGCGGCCAAGCACUCCCUCCCUCACCUCCUGCAUUUACCGAGGAAGUGCCUGGCUUCUAUUGAUCUUGGCUCGGCUCUCGAUAUAUUCAAGCCAAGAGUGGUGAAUACUUGGCCUGGGUACACUACCAACGGCCUUCACGCGCCAGAGGUCAAUGUGAUUGUGGUACGCAUGCGCAGGGGGUCGCAGCGCCACAUAGCUUGUAAACCAUACUUCACCAGAGACCUUGAGGAGUUCCAUUAG